GCAUGACCAUUGAGGGAUCUGGCUAACCGAGGACGACCUCGACCCCGGAACACGCAUAGACACGACCCCGUCAUCACUAGAAGCAGAUCGGUUAAUCGACGGGCAGCCAAUAUGAAUGCUAAUCCCCAAAAUCCGAACCCACGGCAGCAGAAUGCCAAUCAACAACAAAAUCCUAAUCAACCCGCCCCACGAGCAAGGGCUCCCAUGACAACACUCGAUCUCUAUUUGUUUGACCCUGCGCAUCAUCUUGUUGGAGCAUGGCUAGCCACGCUUUGGGCGCAGCAGUACGACGAUAACGAAGCUCAGGUAAACAUUCCCGCCCGAUUAGGAGGGGACGCUCAUCAUUGGUUUAGUACCUACGUAUGGGUGGAUCUCCCUACUUUUGAGCGAGAUUUUUUGAAUCGAUUCGACUAUGUCCAUCAAGAGCAAGCGCUCUACAUGAUCAAGGACCGAGUUCAAAAACCUUUCGAGUCCAUUGCAGAAUAUCGAAACCGGUUCUAUAGAAUGUUUAUGAAAACUGAGCGGGGCGAGCAAGUAGGGAGAGAUCUGUUUAUAGACGGACUCCGCAGCCGGACGAUAAGGGCAAAACUGCGGAAACAGUUCUCCCCCAUCAAUCACACGCUGCAACAGAUUAUGGCAGAUGCAGAAGAGAUGGAAGGGAAGUUCGCGACGAGUUUCUUAGAAGGAGAGGACUAUCCUAAGGAAGGAGACUCGUCCGAGCUUUCGAGGGCAAGGGUUGAGUUGGCUGCGUUGCAAAACAAGUUUGAAAACAUGGGGUUUGUAUCAGGACCUGUUACCUAUAUGGAACAGAUACCCCCCAAACGACCAGCACCUAGUGUGAUUACGGGCAUGCCCGCCCCCGUGAUACCAACACCUGUAAUGACGGCACCCCCACCACCAAUUGAGAAUCCCGUACGAUCGAGUGAAUCAACCGCCAUAUUUGAACUGACCAAAACGCUAAUUAGUAUGAUCCAAGAAAUCAAAAAGGAACAACGGGAGCAUAAUGCUCGAUUGGAGGCUAUGAUGAGGAAUAUGCGACCCAUCACAGUACGAGCCGCCCCGAUCCAACAAGGAUUGGCCCCGACACAUGUUCUUGGAGGAUCCGCGAGCAAUCUGAACGUCUGUUAUGUGUGCCAUCAACCAUGGCAUUUGGCUCGUGAUUGGCCCCACCGGCCCCCACAAAAACGGGUCGGGGUCGCACCCAUGGCAGCAGCCCCCAUCGCUAACGGAUCUGGACGGGUAGGGGCCCUGAUGGAGGAAAUGGAAGGUCGAGGAAGUGCGUUAGCUACCGCGGAAGAAGCUGCUGAGCUCAUUCCGUUGGACCAAUGUGUGUCGCUUGGCUAUCCGGGGCUAGGGAUGAUUGGAACGAUCAGACCGACGCCGGAACAGAAAGAAGUGGCGGAGUGGCGACCUUCUCCAGGAGAGAUGGAGUCGGGGGGACCUACCUUCGUCAGUGGGGAAUUUCAAAUCGAUGUGCUGAAUAUCAUUCGAGCCCUUGACCAUCGGAUUCCACUUCCGAUUGGCCAUCUGCUUUCGAUCUCUGAACAGGCUAAUGAGCGAAUGUUACAACACUUUAAGGCGAAUCGAAAACGAUUUGCCCUCGCCCGAACACCGAGCAUAAAAGCUAAAAGCCCCACGCCAGAUGAAAAUACGGCGGGCACGUCGGACCCAAUACGGGUAGGAUUAAUACAGAAAGACGAUCAUUUCCUGAGGAUUAAACCUAUCCCGUGGAAGUCUGCGGAAUGCGACUUUGAAAUUUGGGGUGUCCCGUACAAUGCAAUUAUCGAUUCCCGAGCAACUGUUUUGGCUAUCUCGUUACGUGUGCGGGAAAGAGCAGGAAGAAGGAACGACUUGAUCAUGCUCACGGAAAGAGAUCAACUCGUUUCCAAAGACGAAGAAAAUAUUAAAACGGUGGGACGGAUGACCAAUGUUGCAUUUCGAUUAGGGAAGGUGCAUGCUUUGGGAGAUGUCGUAGUAUUAGAUGUUAAUGCUUACGACGUUCUUUUCGGUCUUCCCGGCCUUGUGGCCUUACGAGCAAAUUUGGAUUUCGAACGACAGUCAAUUAUCCUCCGGAAUACGGGAGGAAAACCCUAUGCUGUACCUAUGAGACUGACUCUUCGCACUACCAUCAAUGCAGUUCCGCGAGUUUCUUCGAUGACAGCAGGAACCCUUCGCAUGAUCACCUGGGAAAACUCCGCAGACGAUGAGCUACCCAAGUUUGAUAUUCGGCAUGGUUUCCAUCAUAUUCUGGUUAAGGAGGAAGAUCGGUCAAAGACGACCUUCGUAUUGUUUGAGGGCACGUGGCAGUGGGUUCGGUGCCCGAUGGGUAUAUGCAACGCACCGGCCACAUUCCAACGAGCAAUGAACGUGACGUUCCAGAACUUCGUCAACAAGACGCAGCUGACUCAGGGAAUGAUCAACUUCUGCGUGGCCCUGUACAUGGAUGAUAUCCUCGUCUACUCGGAGACCUAUCACGGACACGCGCAACACAUCGAAUGGAUAUUGGGAGCACUGAGAAACGAGGGAUUCAAGAUUGCACUCGAGCAGAGCGAUUUUUUCCUCUCGGAAAUUUCGUUCUUGGGGUACGUAGUGACACGUGGAGGGCUGCAACCGGAUUCCAGAAAAGUCGCGGUUGUGAAAGAAGCCCCAGUUCCCACGUGGCUGACGCAGGUUCGAGCUUUCUUAGGCCUGACAUCAUACUACCGCCGUUUUAUCAAGGGUUUUGCAGCAAUUGUUCGGCCUCUCACGAACCUGCUUCGAAAGCACCAGCCUCUGCAGUGGGACUCUGAGUGUGGACAAACCUUUGAUGCACUCAAAGAGGCCCUGGUCACUGCACCUGUUUUGAUCCGACCGGACCCUACCAAGCAAUUUAUUCUUAUAACGGACUGGCAACCGGAAGCGAUCUCCGCCAUUUUGGCACAAAAGGGGAACGAUGGUCGCGAACACGUCAUCGAGUACGCAAGAGGACGACGAUGGCUUAUCGCCUGUCUCCUCGUCUCCUUCUCGUUCUCCUUCUGUUACUCCGCCCAGCUCACCAUCGCCAUGAGUUUUCUUGCGGAGCGAGCUUUCGGCGAUCCUCUGCUGGUACCACGGUGUUACAUAUCGGCGAUCCGACAAGUUUAUCAUCCGCGGCUCAGCCCGAAUCUUCGACGACUCGCGCAAUUCUUCUGCACUGAGGGAGUGUACGCAGCCGCUGAGUUUCAAUUUGCAGGCAGUCCCCGGGCGGUUGUUUUGGCGGAGGCGGUAGCGGUUCAUCGGCGAUCAGCUCCUGGAAUUAGCCACGUGUCUACGGUUGUUGCCUUCAGCGGCAACAUCAACACCGUCAGCCCGCUGCGGCAUACGGCCAUCCGGCCGACGCUUUGGCUGUGGGCGCAGCAGCUGGCAUCAGAGUGGAAUCGGUGGCUCACGCCCCACGGGGAUAAUCUUUUCCCCACGGGCAUCGACCUUGACUGGAUUCGAGCCUUCCAGCACGAGCCGGCGGUGGUGCUCCCUGAACUCAUCCCUUCCAACAUCCUCAAUGAACCCCUGGCCGACGACCUCCCACUUGAGAUCGUCUCACAGAGCGACAACAGCCCAGUCCCGCACGUUCUCACGCGGACCUUGACGCCAUAUCUUCAGUGGUCGGCGUGCUUGGAGGAACCGGGAAGCGGCCGCAACCCACCAUCACAGCGCGAUUAUCUGAGCCCGUACGAAAUAGUGGAUCUCGCCUUCUUUCAAGAUCGAACUGCUUCCGAGAACGAAGAGGUAGAGAUUGCAGAAGAGGAGGAAAGAUCAGAAAAAGAAGAAGCUGAAGAAGAGGACGCAGAGGAAGAGACUCCGGAGGAGGGGAGUUACAGUGAGCACAGCGAAGGGGAACAAAGCCCGGAAGACGACGAAGGAGAAGAAGAAGAUCAGGAGGAGUUAGACGAGUCGGAGUGGGAAGGAUUUGAGGAGGAGGUGCGUGCGGAGGCUCGAGCGCAGGCCCAAGCGCAGAAGAGGGAGGACAUCGCAGCCGGGAAGCGACAGCUGGACUUCGCUAGCGCAGCCAAUCAGCAGCUCACCAACGAUCCGGCCCGGGAUCCAGAGUCGCCUAAGCCCGAGGAUGGGGACCCAACUGUCGAGACUUCGGCUGCACCAGCAAGGCGGCGACGAAGCCGAUCCCCAUCCCCCUAUACCUCAGCCCGUCCCCCAAUUCGUCCCCGUACUGAUGCCGGGCAUUUGGCUUCGUCCCCGGUCGUUAUCCCGCCGUCCCCUUGACCACCUCUCUUUUCGCCUGAUUACCACUCGCGUUACCUUCCCCAGCAAUCCCUUCUCCAUCGAUACUUUCCGCUUUUUCUA